GGUGCCCUUGACCAUGGCGGCUGUGGCCGCGCUCCUGCUGGGUCUGGCGCUCCUGGCGCCGCGGGCGGCCGGCGCGGGCAUGGGCGCGUGUUACGACGACGCGGGGCGCCCGCAGCGCUGCCUGCCCGUGUUCGAGAACGCGGCGUUCGGCCGGCUAGCCGAGGCCUCCCACACGUGCGGCCGCCCGCCCGAGGACUUCUGUCCGCACGUGGCCGCUCAGGGAGCGGGGCCGCAGUGCCAGCGCUGCGACGCCGCCGACCCCGAGCGCCACCACAACGCCUCCUACCUCACCGACUUCCACAGCCAGGACGACAGCACCUGGUGGCAGAGCCCGUCCAUGGCCUUUGGGGUGCAGUACCCCACCUCGGUCAACAUCACUCUCAACCUGGGGAAAGCUUACGAGAUCACCUACGUGCGGCUGAAGUUCCACACCAGUCGCCCUGAGAGCUUCGCCAUCUACAAGCGCACCCGGGCCGGCGGUCCCUGGGAGCCCUAUCAGUACUACAGUGCCUCCUGCCAGACGACCUACGGCAAGCCUGAGGGCCAGUACCUGCGCCCCGGCGAGGACGAGCGCGUGGCCUUCUGCACCUCCGAGUUCAGCGACAUCUCCCCACUGAGCGGGGGCAACGUGGCUUUCUCCACCCUGGAGGGCCGGCCCAGUGCCUACAACUUUGAGGAGAGCCCCGUGUUGCAGGACUGGGUCACCAGCACCGAGUUCCUCAUCUCCCUAGACCGGCUCAACACGUUUGGGGAUGACAUCUUCAAGGACCCCAAGGUGCUGCAGUCCUAUUACUACGCCGUGUCCGACUUCUCUGUGGGCGGCAGGUGCAAGUGCAACGGGCACGCCAGCGAGUGUGGCCCCAACGAGGAGGGCCGGCUGGUCUGCCGAUGCCAGCACAACACCGUGGGCACGGACUGCGAGCGCUGCCUGCCCUUCUUCCAGGACCGCCCGUGGGCCCGGGGCACAGCCGAGGCGGCCAGCGAGUGUCUGCCUUGCAACUGCAGCGGCCGCUCUGAGGAGUGCAUGUUUGACCGGGAGCUCUUCCGCAGCUCGGGCCAUGGUGGGCAUUGCCUCCGCUGCCGUGACCACACAGCCGGGCCACACUGUGAGCGCUGCCGGGAGAACUUCUAUCGCUGGAAGCCACAGAUGCCAUGCCAGCCCUGUGACUGCCACCCAGCAGGCUCCCUGCACCUCCAGUGCAAUGACUCCGGCACCUGCAUCUGCAAGCCCACGGUGACGGGCUGGAAGUGUGACCGCUGCCUGCCCGGGUUCCACUCGCUCAGUGAGGGCGGCUGCAGACCCUGUACCUGCAAUCCCGCUGGCAGCCUGGGCACCUGUGAUCCCCGCAGUGGCCGCUGUCCCUGCAAAGAGAAUGUGGAAGGCAACCUGUGUGACAGAUGUCGCCCGGGUACGUUUAGCCUGCAGUCCCACAGCCCAGCCGGCUGCAGCAGCUGCUUCUGCUAUGGCCACUCCAGGGCGUGUGCGGCCGCUGCCCGCUUCCAGGAGCACCACAUCCUCUCCGACUUCCGCCGGGGAGCUGAGGGCUGGCGGACCAGAAGCAUGGGGGGCCCAGAGCAUCCUGCACAGUGGAGCCCGAGGGGGCUUCUCCUGGACCCAGAGGGCAAGGAGGAGCUCACAGCACCAGAGAAGUUCCUGGGAGACCAGCGGUUCAGCUAUGGGCAGCCCCUCACACUGACAUUCUGGGGCCCCCCCAGGGGCUCCCCCAUCCCUGUGAGGCUGAGGCUGGAAGGGGCGGGUCUGACCUUGACUCUGCAGCAUUCCAGCUGGCCCAGCCCCUUGGACGCCAGGCAGCCCGGGGAGAUACAGCUCAAGUUCCUGUUGCAAGAGACCUCCGAGGACGUGGACCCUCCGCUGCCGCCCUUCCACUUCCAGCAGCUGCUCACCAAUCUGACUGCUCUGCGCAUCCAGGCCAGUGGCCACAGUGCCAGCCCUUCCGGCCCAGUGUUCCUGACUGAGGUCCGGCUCACAUCGGCCCGGCGGGGACUCUCCCCACCAGCCUCCUGGGUGGAGACUUGCUCAUGUCCCAGGGGCUACACGGGCCAGUUCUGUGAGUCCUGUGCUCUGGGAUACAAGAGGGAGACACCACUGGGGGGUCCCUAUGCCAACUGUGUUCCCUGCACCUGUAACCAGCAUGGCACCUGUGACCCCAACACAGGGAUCUGCCUAUGCGGCCACCACACCGAGGGCCCGUCCUGUGAGCACUGCUUGCCAGGUUUCUACGGCAACCCCUUCACAGGCCAAGCCGAUGACUGCCAGCCCUGUCCGUGCCCUGGACAGUCGGCCUGCAUGACCAUCCCAGAGAGCAGAGAGGUGGUGUGUACCCACUGCCCCCCGGGCCAGAGAGGGUGGCGCUGUGAGAUCUGUGAUGAUGGCUUUUUUGGGGACCCGCUGGGGCUCUCUGGGGCCCCCCAGCCCUGCCAGCUGUGUCAGUGCAGUGGGAACGUGGACCCCAACGCAGUGGGCAACUGUGACCCGCUGUCUGGCCGCUGCCUUCGAUGCCUGCACAACACGACAGGUGCCCACUGUGAGAGCUGUGAGGAAGGCUUCUAUGGGAGCGCCCUGUCCCCUCGGCCUGCAGACAAAUGCGUGCCCUGCAGCUGCGACCAAGCGGGCUCAGUCGGCGAGCAGAGACCCUGUGACCCAGUGACCGGCCAGUGCACCUGCCUGCCUCACGUGACCGGACGGGACUGUGGGCACUGCAGCCCUGGCUUCUACGACCUCCAGCCUGGCAGGGGCUGCCGGAGCUGCAAGUGCCACCCGCUGGGCUCCCAGGAGGACCAGUGCCACCCCAAGACCGGGCAGUGCCCCUGCCGUCCAGGCGUCGAGGGCCAGGCCUGCGACAGAUGCCAGCUGGGUUUCUUCGGCUUCUCCAUCAAGGGCUGCCAGGCCUGUAGGUGCUCCCCGCUGGGCGCCGCCUCGGCCCAGUGUCACGAGAACAGCACGUGUGUGUGCAGGCCCGGCUUUGUGGGCUACAAGUGUGACCUCUGCCAGGACAACUCCUUCCUCACGGCCGGUGGCACACACUGCCAGGAGUGCCCGUCCUGCUACGCCCUGGUGAAGGAGGAGGCUGCUGAGCUGAAGGCCAGACUGACCCUGAUGGAAGGGUGGCUGCAGGGGUCAAACUGUGGCAGGCCCUGGGGACCACUGGACAUUCUACAGGGAGAGGCCCCACGGGGGGACGUACACCAGGGCCAUCCCCUGCUGCAAGGGGCCCAGGAAGACUUCCUGGAGCAGGUGACAGGCCUUGAGGGUGCUGUGAAGGCUGCCCGAGAGCAGCUGCAGGCACUGAGCAGGAAAGCCCACUGUGCCCAGGCCAGAGCUGAGAAGACCUGCGUCCAGCUGGCAGACCUAGAGGCGGUGCUGGAGUCCUCAGAAGAGGAGAUUCUGCAUGCAGCCACCAUCCUUGCAUCUCUGGCGAUUCCUCAGGAAGGGCUCAGCCAGCCCACCAACUGGAGCCAUCUGGCCAUAGAGGCCCGUACCCUCGCCAGGAGUCACAGGGACACCACCACCAGGAUUGAGGCCACUGCUCGGAGGGCCCUGCUCACCUCCAACAGCAGUUAUGCGCUUCUCUGGAGUCUGGUGGAGGGGAGAACAGCCCUGGAGGCCCAGCAGCAGCUAGAGGACAGGUACCAGGAGGUACAUGCGGCCCAGAGGGCGCUGGGCAUGGCCGUGGCAGAGGUGCUGCCUGAAGCUGAGAGGGUGCUGGCCGCCGUGCAGCAAGUCAGCGCAGAUGCAGCCCAGCGCCUGGCCUCACUGGCUGCCCCUGCAGCACCGCCUCAGAAGUCCCAGGCCAGGACCCUGGGCCUGAAGGUGCAGGCCCUGGAGAAGACGGUCACAUCGAGAGAGCGCGUGGUCACCGAGGCUGCCCGGGCCCUCCAGGCCACCGCCCAGGCCGUGCUGCACAAGACAGAGCCCCUUACGCAGCUGCACCGGGAAGCCAGAGCUGCCCUGACCCGGGCUUCCUCAUCUGUCCAGGCUGCCAUGGUGACUGUCACAGGAGCCAGGACUCUGCUGGCUGACCUAGAAGGAAUGAAGCCAAGGUUUCCUCAGCCCAAGGACCAGGCCGCACUGAGGAGGCAGGCAGCCAUCGUCCAGGACAGGCUCCUUGCAGAGCCCAAAAAGAAGACCAAGCUGGUGGAGAGGAUGCUGGGAAAUGCGGCAUCUAUCUCCUCCAGUGCCAAGAAGAAGGGCAGGGAAGCCGAGCUGUUGGCCAAGGACAGUGCCAAGCUCGCCAAGGCCUUGCUGAGGGAGGGGGAGCAAGAGUACCGCCAGGCAGGCCGGCUCUCCAGCCAGACGCAGUCGAUGCUCCAACAGGCCUCCCAGCAGGUGCUGGCCUCAGAAGCGCGCAGACAGGAGCUAGAAGCAGCUGAUCGGGUGGGUGCCGGGCUGAGUGAGAUGGAGAAGCAAAUCCGGGAAUCACGCACCUCUCUGGAGAAGGGCAUCAAAGCCUUGUCGGAGCUGCUUGCCAGGCUGGGGUCACUGGACACCCUCGGAGCCCCCGCCCGGGCCCUGAAUGAGACCCAGUGGGCACUGGAGCGCCUGAGGCUGCAACUGGGCCCACCAGGGGUGCUGCAAGGGAAACUGAGGCUCUUGGAGCAGGAGUCUGAACAGCAGCAGCUGCAGAUCCAGAGCUUCGAGAGCAACCUUGCUGAGAUCCGUGCUGACAAGCAGAAUCUGGAGGCCAUUUUGCAUAGCCUGCCCGAGAGCUGUGCCAGCUGGCAGUGA